AGCCGUGUAGUUUUGAAGAAACCGAAGAGGAAACUGCUGUUGGUGAAUCUGACUCUUGGUCUGAUGCUUCUGGAGACUUUCCCUGGAAGAAGAUGCAUUUCAGGAAUAUGAUGGAUCUGAUACCUCAGAGGACUACUACCAGACCGUAAAUUAGAGAGUGAAACUGAAGCUAAUGAAUGUGUUUCUGAUGAGACCUGUGAUAAGAACUGUGUGAUCUGUGAGGUGCUGAAUGAUGAAGACACAUUUGAUGGAGAGUUUGACACACGUGAGAAUUAUGUUCAGGAAGCAUCCAGUGUCAAAGAUGCUGAAGCUGACCUGUGUCCUUCUUGUGUUUAUGAGGACAAUAUGUGUGCCCCGUGUGCAGAGGACAUUUCUGUUGAAGGUGAUGCGUAUGAGGAUGACGUAUCAGAAGCUCAGAGUUAUGAAUCUCUUGACGAUAUCGACUUACAAAAAAGUUCAGAUGGUGAAAAUGAUGCAAAAGGCAACAAAGAGCCAAAUGAAGAGCAGCUAAAUUUCAUCACUGACGAAGGUGACGAAUUUCUCACAUGUUUGGAGAAGGAACCAUACUGGUCACUCGUAGCUGAUGCUAUUUGUGAGGAAGGUGUUGAGGAAUACUAUGCUUAUCAGAUAAAAAGCAUUCAGUCCUCCGUCGAACAAACUCCGGACAGCUUGUUUGUGAAAGGGAGAGCAUGUCAUCAGAUUAUCAGUGAAAAAUUCGAUGAUGCCUGCAGGAAUGAAUGUGAAGAGGCAGCUUUUGUCCCGACCCAGACUGAAUUACAGGAUGCUCAAGAGGAUCGUCAACCAGUCAUCUAUGGAAAGACUGGAGUUAAUCAAGUCAGUAAAAACCUUGUCCUCGUCUCUGUUGUGGAAAACACAUCCAGUGAACAAAGCCAAACUCCAGUGUCAGAUGACGACUGUGGGCUAAAUGAAAUUUCAAGAGAAAUAAGACCUCAGGAUAUUAUUUACAGUGUUGUCUCAGAAGAAAUGAAAGAUGAGGAAAACGAUGCAGACAUGCAUAUAAGUAGUACUGAGGACAGAACGACCUCUGAAGAAAGCAGUGAUUCAGAAGAGGAGCAGAGUGAUGAUGAAUUCAGCGAGCUUUGUGAAUGCGACUACUGCAUUCCACUGGAAGACCAGGUCCCAUCAAAGCCUCUGCUGCCACAGAUCACUUCAAAUGAUGAAGGGAAGAUUUGUGUGGUGAUUGAUUUGGAUGAAACACUAGUGCACAGUUCUUUUAAGCCAGUGAACAAUGCUGAUUUUAUCAUUCCAGUGGAAAUUGAUGGAACGGUUCACCAGGUGUAUGUGUUAAAGAGACCACAUGUUGAUGAAUUUCUCAAGAGGAUGGGAGAAAUGUUCGAAUGUGUUUUGUUCACUGCAAGUUUAUCAAAGUACGCAGAUCCAGUGUCAGACCUCCUGGACAAAUGGGGAGCCUUCCGCAGUCGCCUCUUCAGGGAGUCGUGCGUCUUUCACAGAGGCAACUAUGUAAAAGACCUCAGCCGUUUAGGAAGAGAUCUCAACAAAGUCAUUAUCAUUGACAACUCUCCAGCCUCCUACAUCUUCCACCCAGAAAACGCUGUUCCUGUAGCUUCUUGGUUUGAUGACAUGUCAGAUACUGAGCUCCUUGACCUUAUCCCCUUCUUUGAGAGACUGAGCAAAGUGGACAACAUCUAUGAUAUACUGAAGCUGCAGAGGACUUCCAGUUAACAGGGACAGAAAACUAGCUUGAAAAUAAUCACCAGCAGCUGUCACUACGGGGCCACAGAGGAGGCUGGCGGGCCACAGGAUCCACGCUGCUUCCCACUAUGAGGACCACACUAAAGGAAAAAAAAAAAAAAACAGAAAAGUUUUAUUUGGAUGUUCAAUCGCGUGUUCCAGUCUUUAAAUGCAGAAGAAUCUUAAAUAAGUCUAGUGUUGGAUCAUUUAAAACAAUUGACAGACUUAUUACCAGUGUUUCAAACCACAUUUUAAGACUGACCAUUAGAGCUUGUCUGGAGCCCUGGGAGGUCACGCUACACAAUCACACAAAUUAAACAUACCACCAUGUUGGCAGAAACAGUGGGAGCCAUGUUCCUUAAAGUAGAACUCAUAAGAGUGAAUAUUUCAAUUAAGGGCAAAUAAUCUGCCAGCUCAGACGCUCUUUCUCAAUCUGGCUAGAAGAUUUAUUACUGAAGUAAAAUAGAUUUGUAACAAAAUUAAGCUGCCUUCAUGUAUUGACAACAGGAAAAAAAAAAGUCAUACUGGUUAUGGGAUCCUCCAUAGGGAUCCUCUCUGGUCUCACAGAGAGGAUCCCUAUGGAGGUAAACAUGCACGUUUACCUCACUAAAUUUAAAGAAGGUAUUUAGAAUGAGCCAUUGUACACUUAGCCACUUACUCUAACCUCCUGUCCAAUCGGCGGCGCUGUUCAUAUAUCGCUUAUUCAUAAAGUUUGUUGUGAGUGGUUGUGAGCGCCCCAUACAAUUACAUUAUGUAGCCAGUUAGCCUGUGACCAUUUUGCAUUGCAAAUCAAUAAUGUGACGAUUAAAAUAGUUUUUGUCCCAAGUGUUAAGACCAACCCAAAAUAUAACAAAAAAUAAAGCCAAGGUUGAAAAACAACAGAAUUCUCCUCUGACUGCAAAUACAAAACCCUUCAGGUAACAACAGAUCAGUUUUUAAUGGCUCCAAAGAGUCUGUGUAGAACAUGUUAAUUUUUAUAAUGCACCAUUCAGUGUAUUUUAAAAGUCUUCAGUGAAUUUGGACAUCUUAAAAAUUGAUAUUAGCAUUAUUUAUUAUUUAUUAACAUUGCUGACUGUUUCUCUGCCAACACAAAGGUGACAGAUUGUGUCAUGUGAUCGAGGGCUCUACAGAUACUGUAUGUUUUUGCAGUGCAGCUAAUGUGUAAUAGCAGUAGCAGUAGGUGUUGGUACAUGUCAACAACUAUAUAAUUAGUGUGCUGUUAACCUAAAUUGUCUGAACAGUUGUGCAAUUACACACAAAAAAUUAACUUCAUCAGUUAUUUGCAUUUCAAUUACAUUUUAUUUGCAAUUAACAUUUGAAGACAUUGUCUCAGAGAAAAUAGUCACUGAUACCAAGAGUGUUUUAUCUUGAAGUCAUUUAAAUCUUGAUUUUAUUAUUGACUAAAAUGCUUAAAUACAGUCCUGGUUAGAAUUAUUGGCACCCCUGAAUUUUAAGAAAAUAAUUUUAUAUUUAUUCAUAAAUAAAUAACAGUAAACCAUUGUUUUAUCAUCAGGAUACCUCAUAAAAUAUAUAAAAAAAUUAUUGAACAACAGCAAAACAACAUGCGUACAUUCUUAUACUGAAAUAAAAAAAACCUAAAUGUACAGUUAUUUACACAUUUUUAUGAAUUUACAGGAAAUCAUCACUUUCACAGCCAGUUUUCUUUAGACAAGUCAGUGGAUCAUAAAUAACCACUUCCAAGUCACCAAAUAUGUCUUGUAGUUCUUUUACAUCAGUCAUUAAGAAAUAUAAACUGUAUGGUCUUGUUAAGUAAAUCUGAAUAAAACGGUCAGUUUUCAAAAACUGAGUGACUGCACAGGAAAGAGAUAAGCAAAGGAAGCCCCCUAGACACUCAUGACACCCCCAAAGGAAUGAUAAGAACUUUUGUGUUCUGUUGAUGAAAAUACUUUGUUGUACUCCACCAUGAAAGUGUAUCACUGGUGUUGCAACAGACAGGUGUUAAUAUGGUCAGUUUCUCACAUUCACAGACGUCUUGGGGGCUUCCUUCACUUGUCUCCUUGUUUCCUUUACCAGAGUACCAUACUGUUUGUAUUUCUUCAUGAUUGAUGCAAAUGAACUACAAGAUGUAUUCAGAAACUUGUUCAUGUUCAUGUGUCCAUCCUCUGUCUUGUUUAAAGUAAACUGGCUGUAAAGGUAAUUUACACUAAAUUCAUUAGCGUGCCAAUAACUGCACACAUACAUUUUAUAUCAGUUUUUUAUAUUAUUUUAUUUUUUAUUACACUAAAUGUUUUCAUUUGUUGUUUUGCCUUUGUAUUGGGAAAUUCAUGGGAACCAACAAUUCUGAGCAGCACUGUUUGUGCCUUUAAGACAAAACUAAGUAAAAGCAAACUUAAAUAUUAAUUUUAUUGUCAGAGAUUUAUUUAAGUAAGCUUUUACUGCCAUGACGACUUCAACACAUUGCGGCUUCUUUCACUACAAGCUGACCGACACUGUGCAUUUAUUGUGGAUCUUUAACAGUCAGCAAAGACUGUUCACGAGUUGGGCUAAAAAAGUUUUCACAUUCAGAAAGAAGUGAUAAUACCGUCGAAAUGGGUCUUUAUUUAUUACAUUGCAAACAAUUUGUAAAAACUAAAUCAAAUCUAAUUAUUUAAUGUGUGAUAACCUGCUUUAGAUUUUUUUUUUUUUUUUUUGCCUAUUUCAUUUACCUUGAUCUUACAUACCCAGUAAGACUACUGUAAAUAAAUAAAUAACUUCUGUUUGUUUCUCCAAGCAGGUUAACUGCACACUAAUCAGACCUUACAUGAUAUUGGAAAUUUAGGCAGUCUUUUUGAUUUUAAUGUUAUUUUAUCAAUGCUGAAUAUGUUUUAUGUUAUUUAAACUGGUGUGCAGAAGGAGGCUCAACAACUUGUAACCUCCAAAGAGGUAGUCUUAGAUUACUUUGACUAUUUAAAAGCACAGUUGCUUCCUGUCAUUGAACUUGAAUCCGAGUUUUUUUUUUUUUUUUUUUUGUGAUUACUAAUUGUGUACUUUCAGUUUCACAGUGGAGAACUGUGCCAGAAGUGUGCUUAAUCCUGAUUCGCUUUUGCCCCUACCUAGAAUGAGUGUGUAUGUGUGUGUAAUUGUGUGUAUGUGCAUUUCAUUGUGGUCGCAUCACGUGUGAGUAUUUACAUUGAAUUAAAACUACUUUUGCCAACACAUGAAAAAAAAUUAUCUUGAAGUAAUUUUCACUUUUUUACUGUAUGCAACAAGAGGAUUAAUAUUGUCACUCAAGGAAAGAAACUGGAUAAUUGAGAUUUUUCUGCUGCUGUUAACAUGGGGGGGGAUAUAUUUUAUAAAUUGCAUCAAUAAAGCAUGAUUUAU